AUGGUGGUCAAGUUUGACUAUCACCACAAGGUACAUUCAGUCAUUUUAAUUGUUUAUUUAGAUGACAAAUAGUUAUAAAAGUGUAAUUAUCUGAUUAGUUAUAUUUAGAAGGUUUUUAUUUUGUUUUGAAAUCAUUUUUGAUGACCAAGGGUCAAAAUUAGUGUGAAAAUAUUUGUAUUUUUUGGUUGUCCAGUGUACUGGACAAUGUGCAUUUAUGGCAUAACCUCAUGGCAUUCUGUUGUGUAAUAGGAUGUUCAUUUGUUUGUGUAUUUCAACUGAAAAAAGACAAGUUUUGUGGUUUUAAUUUAAUAUUUAUGUGAUUGUAUACAUUAAGGUCAUUUUAUGGGUCCCAAAGGCAUCAAGGAACUAUUUUGCCAGUCCCAAAUGCAGACAUAGGUAGAGAUGAAAGCUCUUCAGAUGAAGGAAGUGAUUCUAAGGAAGAGCCAGCUGUCGAGUCUGACAAAUAAUCGAUUCAAUCCUCAUCAGGUAAUCAUCAAAAUUUUAGUAUUGUAAACCUUUGAAUGUAACCCCCCCCCCCCCCAUGUAUUCAACCACAAUAUUCACAAAAUCUCAGACCUUUCUGAAUAUAAGCCCACCACAAUAAGCCCUUCUGUGCAUAAGUCGAUGGGCUUAUCAUUGGGCAACAGUGCAGAUGAAUAACAAUAGUUACAUUGCAGUAUUAUAAUAUGUUUUAUUAUGUUUAUUUCUUUUUGUUCAUGAUAUAGUUUACAGGUACAAUAAAAAUUACUAACACCAAAAGUUGUCUGUAUAUAAGUGUCCCCAGUGUGUAAGUAAGAUGUUUCGGGCAUUCUGUUCUCGCAGCCUUUGAAGUAGUGAGGACAUUCACAAACCGUCGUCUUUUAUUUUUCCACCCCAGAGUAUCUGAUUCAGACACAGAACAACAAGAUGUUGACUUAUCAAAUGAUAUUGAUGAUCAAAUAAAAUGGUUACGCAAAGCCAAAGGUAGUUGGAUUGUUUCAAGAGAAUCCAAUAUUGAUGAAAAGAAUCUGACACUGAAUCCAAAAUUUAGUGACACAGUGACCAAAAAUAGUCGACCCAUAGAAUUUUUCGGGUUAUUCGUAACAAGUGAAUUACUAGAGAUGAUCUUGCACCAAACCAAGUUGUACGCAACAACGCAAGCCAUCAACAACAGUAACGGUAUCUGA